UCCGCUAUGUUCUGUAUUCUGUACAUUGUCAUUCAACCGGCUCUGUGUGAUGCCUUUAGAAAAUGAUUAUGACUCUGCAUUGUUGUGCAAGACUGAGGGAGUAGCUCUGUACUCAUGAAUAAAGCCUUCCUAUAAAAGAGAGGCUGCAACCAAAGAAAAGAGCAAGAGGACAGAGGAAGAAGAGAGAGAGAGAAAGAAAGAAAAGAGAUGGAGUCACAGAGCGAAGGGUACCCUCCCUUUUCGGUCUCAACUGGUGGUGAUGAGAGUAUGCAAGGUGUUAUGCAGAAAGAGGUGAACCACUCAACCAGUGCUCCCCCUCUUCCAGAACUUAGGCUAGUCCUGCUGGGAAGGAAAGGAACAGGGAAGAGCUCUGCAGCCAAUACCAUUCUGGGAGGAAUAGGGGGGUUUGAGAGCGGCAGACCAACCGAGGAGUGCUCGAAAAAGCGAGCCGAUCUAACCGGGAGACGAGUCACCGUGGUAGACACCCCUGGCUGGGAAUGGUACUACCCGCUCAACAGCACCCCCGACUGGGUCCGGAGAGAGACAUUGCGCAGCAUGUCCCUGUGUUCCCCCGGACCUCACGUUAUCCUGCUAGUGAUACGUUCCUGCGCCUCGGUAACAGAGUCCUACAGGAAGCAAAUAGAGGAGCACCUGGAGUCUCUGGGUGAAGGGGUGUUGGACCAUACCAUGUUGCUGUUCACCAGGGGGGACGAGCUGGGUGUGGUGCCCAUGGAGCAGAGGAUCCUGACGGGUGGGGCUGCCUUCCAGCAGCUGUUACGGAGGUGUGGGAACAGGUACCAUAUCCUGGACAAUAAGAGCCGGGGAGACGGAACUCAGGUAAGGGAGCUACUGAGGAAGAUGGUGGAGAUGGUGGAGAACAAGGGAGGACAUUUUGGGGCAGAUCCUGCCCUCCUGAGGUUGGAGGCAGACGGGAGGAGGAGAGCGAGGGAACGGAGGAAGAGGCAGAGACAGAUGGAGGCCCAGACUCAGAGGGGUACCAUCAGAGCUGUGCUUAUGACUGACGCUGGAUCCCAGGGCUCUGAUUGGGAUGGGAAACAACCAUUCUCCAAGGGUACUCGUCGUCUCCCAGAGCUAAGACUGGUCCUCCUGGGAGAGAGAGAGACGGGGAAGAGCUCGGCUGGGAACACCAUACUGGGUGGAGGUGGAGAAGGAGCAGGGUUCUUCCAGACAGGGAGAGUGACGGAGGAGUGUGCCCGGUGCCAGGCAGAGGUAGCCAUGAGGCUGGUCACCGUGGUGGACACCCCCGGUUGGGAAGGUGGAGUAGCAGGCCCCACCCCAGAGAGGGUAAAGCGGGAGAUGGUGUGGGGUAGCGUGUCCCUGUGUCCCCCGGGACCCCACGCUGUGCUCCUCACCCUGAGGGUGGACACCCUGGUCGGUUCCACACCUGUAAGAGAACACCUGGAGCUCCUGGGGGAAGAGGUCUGGAGGCAUGCUGUCCUUCUGUUCACCCAUGGGGAUCAGCUGAGGGAGGGGGUGGGCAUUGAGCAGCACAUCCAAAGCGGGGGGAGGGACCUUAACUGGCUGGUGGAGAAGUGUGGGAGCAGGUACCACGUCAUCAGUAAUCUGAAUGGAUGUGGGGACGCCGCUCAGGUGUCAGGCCUGCUGGAGAAGGUCGAGAAGAUGGUGGCCGGGAACAGGUGCGAGGCCUUCUCGUCGCUAGUGCAGGAGGUCAGCGACCUCACCAGACAGAGGAACGAGAAAUUCAACCAGCGUCUCAAAGAGGUUGGUGACAAGAUGCAGCGUCAGGAGAUGGAGCUCAAGAGGAUGAGGGAGAGGGAGGUCAAGAGCAUCCGCUGGUUUUUCGAUCGGAAGAAGAAAGUUAAAUCUCCGGGGAAGUCAGGCGUAGAAAAAGAGGAGGAUGGAGGGGAGGAGGAGGAAGAGAAAAGGAGUGAUGGGAGGAAGAACGAAAUGGGCGAACUGGAGGAGAGGAUUAGGUGGCUGACGGAGGAUAAGGAGAGAGAGAUUCAGGAUCUGGCCGCGGAAAACUACAGAUUCAUCGCUGCGCUCGAUCAGAGAAGCAGAGAGCUAGAGGAGAUAGUCAUCAAGCGAGAGGAGAAAGAGAGAGAGAUUGAAGAGCUGAACGAGCGAGUUGAUGAGCAGCAAGUGAAACUGCUCGACCUUGAGCGUGUCGUCGAGGAGAAAGAACGAGAUAAAAAAGAGAGGGAGGAAGAGUUUAGAGGAAAGCAACAGGGAUGGAGGAGGGAAGCAGAGGAGUUGAAAGAUAGGAUUGUCCUGGAAGAAAAAGAAAAAGAGGAAUGGAUAGAAAGAGGAAAAACGUCACAGAACGAGAUGUAUGAGUCAAAACAGUUGUAUGAGGAGAGACGUUUACAGUAUGAGGAAGAGAUGCAGAGAAAACUGCAUGAAAAAGAGGAAGAGAUGGAGAGAAAACUGCAUGAAAAAGAGGAAGAGAUGGAGAGAAAACUGCAUGAAAAAGAGGAAGAGAUGCAGAGAAAACUGCAUGAAAAAGAGGAAGAGAUGGAGAGAAAACUGCAUGAAAAAGAGGAAGAGAUGCAGAGAAAACUGCAUGAAAAAGAGGAAGAGAUGGAGAGAAAACUGCAUGAAAAAGAGGAAGAGAUGGAAGGAGUGAGACUGCUAUCUGAGACAAGGGAAACAGAAAGGAGAGAUGAGCAAAGAAAGAGAGAUGAAAGGGAAAAGAAAGAGAUGAGCAAGCUGAAAGAAAUCAUUGAAAAGAAAAAUAAAGAAAUAACUGAUACACAGCAAUUGGUUACAGAGAAAGAAAAAGAGAUUGUGAAAGUGAGGGCGAGAUCUGUUGACAACGUAAAAGAAAUUGAGCGGCUGAAAGAAAACAACGAACAGAAGGAGUCUGAGGCGGUGGCAAUGCAACGGCAACACACAGAGGACAAAAGUAGGAGAGAUGCCGAGACAAUGGACAAGUUACGAGGGAAAGAAGUGGAGCUCAACAACUUAAAACAAAAGGACGGGGAAAAUAAGAGAGAACUCGUCAGUUUAAGGCAAACCAUUAAACAAACAAAAACAGAACUGGAAAACUUAACUGCCAUGAUGGAGAAGGAAAGGAUGAACAUGAUACAGGAAUAUGAAAAGGAAAUGAAGACGAAGGAUGAGGAGAUGAGGUUGAUGUUAGAAGACAACGAAAGUGCUACCAGCCAACUGCAGAAAAUGGAGGAAGAAAGUAGAAGGAACAUUUCAGGCAUGACAGAAGGCUUAAGGGACAGCCAGAGGAAGGUUGAGGUACUGCAGGAGCUGAACGUGAAAUUGAAGAAAGAGAUGGACAACCUCAGGAAGAAGUGUCAGGAGUAUGAGGGGGACCAGGGGGUUCAGAGGACCGAGAGGGAGAGCAGGGAGGCUGACAUCAGAGAGCUGCUCUGUGGAUAUGAAGAGCAGUUAAAAAACAAAGAUGGGGAAAUCCACCAUGUUAUGGAAGAGCGGGACCUGGAGGUUGCUGCGUUGAAACAGACGAACGAUGAGAGACAGAAGGAGCUGGAGAAAAUGAAAGAAGAGAAGGAGGUGAGAGAGAAACAGGUGGAUGAGAUACGAGGGUGUUAUGAGAAGAAUCUGAGAGAAAGACAGAAUGAGCUGAAACAGACGGCUGAGGAAAAGGAGAAAGAGCUUGAGAAAAGGGAGAGAGUGUAUAAUGAGAAGGAACGAGAACAAGCAAGAAGUAAAGAAGUGCUGGAUAACAGAGGAUGCGAACUUGAGACAAAAGAGGCAGAGCUAGUGAAAAGAGAAGAAGUGCUAGUGAAAGGAGAGGAAGUGCUAGUGAAAAGAGAAGAAGUGCUAGUGAAAGGAGAGGAAGGGCUAGUGAAAAGAGAAGAAGUGCUAGUGAAAAGAGAAGAAGUGCUAGUGAAAAGAGAAGAAGUGCUAGUGAAAGGAGAGGAAAGGCUAGUGAAAAGAGAGGAAGGGCUAGUGAAAAGAGAGGAAGGGCUAGUGAAAGGAGAGGAAAGGCUAGUGAAAAGAGGGGAAGGGCUAGUGAAAAGAGAGGAAGGGCUAGUGAAAACAGAGGAAGAUCUAGUCAAAAGAGAGGAAGAGCAAGUUAAAGGAGAGGAAAAGCUAGUGAAAAGACAGGAAGAUAUAGUGAAAGGAGAGGAAAAUCUAGCGAAAGGAGAGGAAGAGCUAUUCAAAAGAGAAGAAGAAUUAGUGAAAGGAGAGGAAGAGCUAAUGAAAAGAGAGGAAGAGCUAGUGAAAAGACAGGAAGAGCUAGUGAAAGGAGAGGAAGAGCGAGUGAAAAGAGAGGAAGAGCUAGUGAAAAGAGAGGAAGAGCUAGUGAAAGGAGAGGAAAAUCUAGCAAAAGGAGAGGAAGAGCUAUUCAAAAGAGAAGAAGAAUUAGUGAAAGGAGAGGAAGAGCUAGUGAAAGGAAAGGAAGAGCUAUUCAAAAGAGAAGAAGAAUUAGUGAAAGGAGAGGAAGAGCUAGUGAAAAGAAAGGAGGAGCUAUUCAAAAGAGAAGAAGAAUUAGUGAAAGGAGAGGAAGAGCUAGUAAAAGGAGAAGAAGCGCUAGUGAAAGGAGAGGAAGAGCUAGUCAAAAGACAGGAAGAGCUAGUGAAAAGACAGGAAGAUCUAGUGAAAGGAGAGGAAGAGCUAGUGAAAAGACAGGAAGACCAAGUUAAAGGAGAGGAAAAGCUAGUGAAAAGAGAGGAAGAGCUAUUCAAAAGAGAGGAAGUGCAAGUUAAAGAAGAGGAAAAGCUAGAGAAAAGACAGGAACAGCUAGUGAAAGGAGAGGAAAAGCUAGUGAUUAGAGAAAAAAUGCUUGAGAAAAGAGAAGAAGAACUUGAGAAAAGAGAGGAAGAACUUGAGAAAAGCGAGGAAGAACUAGUGAAAAGAGAGGAAGAGCUAGUGAAAGGAGAGGAAGAACUUGAGAAAAGAGAGGAAGAACUAGUGAAAAGAAAGGAAAAGCUAGUGAAAAGAGAGGAAGAGCUAGUGAAAGGAGAGGAAGAGCUAGUGAAAGGAGAGGAAGAGCUAGUGAAAAGAGAGGAAGAGCUAGUCAAAGGAGAGGAAGAGCUAGUGAAAGGAGAGGAAGAGCUAGUGAAAAGAGAGGAAGAGCUAGUGAAAGGAGAGGAAGAGCUAGUGAAAAGAGAGGAAGAGCUAGUGAAAAGAGAGGAAGAGCUAGUGAAAAGAGAGGAAGAGUUGGAAAGUAGAAGACGAGAAGUAAAGAACUGGGAGGAAGAUCUAGAAAUAAGACAGAAAGGACAAGAAAAACAGAAACAGGAGUUGUGGAGCCGAGAAAAAUGCUUGAAAAGAAAGGAAGAAGAGUCUGAAAGCCAAGAACAAAACAUCUGCAGCAAGGAGCAAGAUGUGGAGAAAAUAGAAAAAGAGCUGCAAAACAGAAAGAACCAACUUGAUAGUAGGGAAUGUGAUUUAAAAACUUCGGAAGAAAAUAUUAAAAAAAUUGAGCUGGAUCUAGAAAACCUGCAGCGCCAACAGGACAACCGUCAACUAGAGCUGGAUGAAAGGGAAAAUGAACAAGGGAGUGGGAAGAUAGAACAUCAGAACCAGAGAGAGGAUCUGGAAAAAAGAGAGAGAGAACUGAGGGCCAGAGAACAUGAACUCGACAACAGGGAACAUGAUUUGAGAUGUGGAGAACAAGGGUUGGAAAACCAGGAAAAGGAUGUGAACAACCGACACCGCAACAUGGACAAAAGACAAGAAGAAUUGGAAAAUAUACAACAAGACCUUGAGAAAAGGGAGCUUCACCUGGAGAAUAGAGAAGAAGAAAUAAAGAAGCAUAGACAAGCUCUGGAAAAAAGAGAGAAAGAGAUCCAAGAGAGCAAACAAGGACUUGAAAACAAAGAACACAAUUUGAGGAAUGAAGAGCAAGAGUUACUGAACAGGAGAACAGAGCUAGAAAUUCAAGGGAAACAUAUGAGCAACAGGAGCCAAGACAUGGAAAAGCUGGAGGGGGAGGUGGAAAACCAUCAGCAAGAGCUAAAGAACAGAGAGGAAGGUUUUGACGAAAAAAUGCAAGAGUUGAGGAAUUGGGAGCAGCGUCUAGAAAGACUUGAAACAGAACUAGAGAGGAGAGGGCAUGAACAGAGGAAUACAAAUAAUGGAUUCAAGGAAAAGGAGCGAGAAGUGAACCAUUUUGAAAAAGAUCCGGAUGGCAGAGAUUAUGACGUGGAGAUCAGAGAGCCUAACGGAUUGAUACCAAGCCAUGAAGCACAUGGAGGAGAUGUAUGUGACAUGACAGCAAGAUAUGAUAAUGUGACACUAGAGGGUAUAGAGGAUUCCCAUAUGAUGUACCAGGAAGUAGGAGUGGUUGAGAAAAAAGGACGGGAACUGCAGGGAAAAGAACCAGAGAGGAGUGGAAGCAUCACAGACCGGGAAGAUCAGAAGAUGAUGGAAUGUGCCUCGUCUGCAAUCUUAAACAAUAACAGUCAGUUUGAAAGAAUGGCAGCGCCAGAAGAGAAAGAGGAGGCUAGACAGAAUCUGGAAGAACAGGCGAAAGAGGAGAUAGAAGAAGAGGGAGGCAAGGAGGGAAAUAGAGAGCAUCCCAAACAGGAAGGGGAUUCUCAGAACACAGGGAAGGAGUGUGUUCCAUUAAAAAGAGGGAGCCAGGAUGAGAUAUGGCCGGAAGAAUGUAAAAAGAGGGGGAGAAUGGGUGAAGAGGAGGAAGAGGAGGAUAAUUAUAAGGAAAUUGAAGAUGUAAAUGUUAUCUCAGACUUAAAGUUAACUCCAAGUCCAGGCCCCAGUGUAGAAAACACUAAACACAUCCAAAGGUCUGAGCUGAGGCUGGUACUGUUAGGGGAGACUUGGUCCUCCCGUCACGCAGCAGGGUACACAAUCCUGGGCAGAGAGGCCUCACACCCAGGAGAGUCCAUCUCUAUGCCAUGGCGGGGACAAAUCGCUGGAAGACAGGUCAGUGUGGUCGAACCACUUGGGCUAAAGUGGCGUAACGGACCAGACGGCAACACCUCCAUCCCCACAGACCCAACACAGCUCCAGAACAUCUUCCAUAGUGUUUCCCUGUCCCACCCAGGUCCCCACGCUAUCCUCCUGGUCCUACCAGCUUACCUGUCAUUCACACAGAAGUAUCGGAGAGCGGUGGAACACCAUAUGAGUGUGCUCGGGGAAGAUAGUUGGCGUCACACUAUGGUGCUGUUCACGUGGGGGGAAGCUUUAGGGGAGAGCGCUGAGCAGCACAUAUUGAGGAAUGGGGACCUCCAGUGGCUGGUGGGACAAUGCGGCGGUAGACACCAUAUUCUGGCCAGCAGGAAGAACAACUCUCAAACAGCAGAGCUAAUGGAGAAGAUAGAGGAGAUGGUGGCAGGAAACGGUGACUAUCAAUGUAAUGGAGACUGAUCUUCAGUUGGGAUGAGUAGAGAUAAAUGGAGAGACAAAGGAUGGACUGGGAUGAUAUGAGAGGGAAAUAAUCAGUUGUUUGAAAUCUUUGUGAACAGGCCAAUGGCGGGAUGUUUUAUUUCAUGUGUAGUUUUUAAGUCUUUUUUGGAUAUAAAAUAUCAUUAAUUGAUGAGGAGAUAUGCAACAAUUACGAAAUACAGAGCCAAACUACAGAAGCAAAAGAAAUCACGGAUGAGUCGUUCACAAAUGUCACAAAUAUUCCAACUUCAACGAAUUAUUCCUUGACAAUCCUUUUACAUACAAAUGUCAAACAUUUACCAAACAUGCUUGCUCCAAAAGGACUUUUUCAUGUGUUACAUUUCAGAAAGAUCCAAAAUGUUGUCGUUUUUUUGUUCCAGUUUCGCACGGAACAACCCCAUAAGACCGCUUAUAGGUAAAAAGUUGGAUUUACAGUAUGUGAGUUGAAUAGUUUCUCCACAAGAUAGAGAUCUUGAAUCACUUUCUGUGGACGGCAGAUGGAGUGUUUCAAGAUGCUGAUGUUCAACAUGUUGAUAAUAAACUGGACUAAAGGAGUUGAAAUGUGUCCAAGCACCAGUACGUUUAAUGAAGACAUCAUAAGUGAAAUAUGAAGUAGGCUAAUGUAUACAGGGUCAUAGUGGGCCAGGGCCCGUAUCCACAGUAUCGCAGAGUUGGAGUGCUGAUCUAGGAUUAGGUCCCCCCUUGUCCAUGCAAUCUUAUUCAUGGAGAUUUAAAAGAUAAAACUGAUCCUAGAUCAACACUCCUACACUGCGAUGCUUCGUGAAAACAGGCACAUUUAUAAAAAUAGAAGAUAAACAGGACAAACUAAUCCCAUUCUUGUAAAAUGUGAAUGAUUAAAUAUUACUGAAUUAUUGCAAUUCAUCCUUUGAGAUUUUAUUCAACUGUGCUUCUCUGUGUUGAAGAGAACAAGGAACUGUAGCAAUAUUUACCGACACGUAUAAUAGGCCUAAAACUUGUGAGCUACAUUCAUCUUUAUUAGAUAGGCUAACCACACAUUUUGCCAUGUGUUUUCACAGAAAUAAAAGUAGAUAUUGUCGGUGGGCAUUAGCCAGCCUUUCAUAAAAUCUAAAUGUGUCUUUAUGAAGAUUGUUGACCUAUAUUUCAUUGCUAGGAGGGCAGGGGAGCUAAGUAUUGCCGCAGGGAAUCUCACCAGAGACAGCUCUGCGGUUGACAGGUAAAAUAUGAUUCUAGAUGAGUGGGUUAUAGUCUAUAUGGCUUUAAAAGCGUCAAGCUUUUAUACCAAGGGCGAAAUUAAGGUGUGGAUAUUGGGAGGGACAAAUUGUAGAUGGAGGGUCCAUGGGGUCCUCCCCCAGAUCUGUUUGUUUUUACAUUUCAAAACGCAUUUCCUGCAAUUCUACACAGUUUGACAUUUUAUAAAAAUUUUGACAUGCGUUUUUUUCUGGAUUUUUUUGUUGUUAUUCUGUCUCUCACUGUUCAAAUAA